CACAGGCCGAGGGCAGUGGGUCAGGUCCUCUCGGGACACGGGUGCCGAGGGCCAGCCCACGGCCCCUCACGCCUGAGCUGCAGGAGGCUGGCGCCGGGAUGGAUUUCGGGUCCUUGGAGACGGUGGUGGCCAACUCUGCCUUCAUCGCCGCCCGGGGCAGCUUCGACGGGAGCAGCGCCCCGUCCACCCGGGACAGGAAGUACCUGUCCAAGCUCAGGCUGCCCCCGCUCUCCAGGUGUGAGGUGCUCCGGGAGAGCCUGGACCUGGCGUUCCAGAGCGUGUGCUCACAGCAGCCUAUCGGCAAGCGGCUCUUCCAGCAGUUCCUGAGGGCCUGCGAGAGGCACGUCCCGGCCCUGGAGCUCUGGCAGGGCAUCGAGGCUUAUGACACUGCCGACGAUGACCUCCGGCCACAGAAGGCCCGGGCCAUCCUGGCGGAGCACCUGGACCCCCAGGCCAAGCUCUUCUGCAGCUUCCUGGACAAGGAGAUGGUGGCGCGGGUCCGGGAGGGGCCCUGGGCGAGCGGGGACGGGCUCUUCCAGCCCCUCCUGCGGGCCACCCUGGCGCACCUGAGCCAGGCCCCCUUCCAGGAGUACCUGGACAGCCUGUACUUCCGCAGGUUCCUGCAGUGGAAGUGGCUGGAGGCCCAGCCCACGGGGGAGGACUGGUUCCUGGACUUCAGGGUCCUGGGGAAGGGCGGCUUCGGGGAGGUGUGGGCCUGCCAGAUGAAGGCGACUGGCAAGAUCUACGCGUGUAAGAAGCUGAACAAGAAGAGGCUGAAGAAAAGGAAGGGGUACCAGGGCGCUAUGGUAGAGAAGAAGAUUCUAGCGAAAGUCCACAGCAGGUUUAUAGUGUCCCUGGCCUAUGCGUUUGAAACCAAAACCGACCUCUGUCUGGUGAUGACCAUCAUGAAUGGAGGCGACAUAAGGUACCACAUCUACAACGUGAACGAGGAGAGCCCUGGCUUCCAGGAGCCGCGCGCUGUCUUCUACACGGCCCAGAUCAUCAGCGGCCUGGAGCACCUGCACCAGAGGGGCAUCGUCUACCGAGACCUCAAGCCUGAGAAUGUGCUCCUGGACGACGACGGCAAUAUCCGAAUUUCCGACCUUGGGCUGGCCGUGGAGCUGAAGGACGGGCAGACCAAGACCAAGGGCUAUGCAGGGACCCCAGGUUUCAUGGCCCCUGAACUCUUGCGGGGUGAAGAGUAUGGCUUUUCUGUGGACUACUUUGCCCUGGGGGUCACGCUGUAUGAGAUGAUUGCUGCCAGAGGACCCUUCCGAGCCCGAGGAGAGAAGGUGGAGAACACGGAGCUGAAGCGGAGGAUCCUCUCGGAGCCGGUCGCGUACCCGGAGAAGUUCAGCCAGGCCAGCAAGGACUUCUGUGCGGCACUGCUAGAGAAGGACCCCCAGAAGCGUCUGGGCUUCCGUGACGGGACGUGCGACGGGCUCCGCGCCAGCGCCCUUUUCAAGGACCUGAGCUGGAGGCAGCUCGAGGCCGGAAUGCUGAUACCCCCGUUCAUCCCAGACUCCAGGACCGUCUAUGCCAAGAACAUCCAGGAUGUGGGUGCCUUCUCCACGGUCAGAGGGGUGGCCUUUGACAAAGCGGACGCGGAAUUCUUCCAGGAGUUUGCCACUGGCAGCUGCUCCAUCCCCUGGCAGGAGGAGAUGAUCGAGACGGGCGUCUUUGGGGAACUGAAUGUGUGGCGCUCUGACGGGCAGAUGCCCGACGACAUGAAGGGGGUCGCCGUGGAGGGGGCAGCCUCCUCGUCCAAGUCGGGGAUGUGUCUGAUGUCCUAGACGACCCAGAGUCCAC